GACAACUCUCCCUCCACCAGUAGCCUCUUGUGAAUGCUUGAAAGACAAGACCAUUUCACCAAACACCAACUAAAACAAACACAACCUAAUACUUGAAUUCAACCUCUUCGUCGCAAGACUCCUCUUUUCAACUCAGAAACAGGGCCAAUGAAGGGUCGCAAGAACAACAACCUCUCCGUUUUCGUCGUGGUGUUCUCCAUAUUCCUCUUUGGGAUCUUCAUGUACAACGAGGACGUUAAGUCAAUUGCCGAGUUUCCAUUUUCGAGGCCUAAAGCUCAAGAAACCCAAGAAGGGGAAUCCAAACCAGUUGAGUCUGAUCAAGGGUAUGUAAGGAAAGACGUUGAUGACACUGUUGUUCGAAGGAACAACGAGAAAGACGUGGAAGACACUGUCACAGUCACAGUUUCCAAGAAUUCAAGAGCUCAACUGGAGAAAAUUCAGGAUGAUGUUUCUGAUGAAACUCAAGAACAUGUUGAUUUGAAAAUGGUUGGGGCGACGGAGAAAGAAGAGAAGAUUGAAUUGCAAGAUGAAGAGGAAGAUGAAGAGGAAGAGGAAGAGGAAGAAGAACAUGUUGAGUUGCCUCCAGAAGAUUGUGACUUGUUUACAGGGGAGUGGGUUUUAGAUAACAUGACACAUCCUUUGUACAAAGAGGAUCAAUGUGAAUUCCUCACUGCCCAAGUGACAUGCAUGAGGAAUGGACGACCUGAUUCUAUGUAUCAAAACUGGAGAUGGCAGCCCCGAGAUUGCUCUUUGCCCAAGUUCAAACCAAAACUCUUGUUUGAGAAGAUUAGAGGGAAGAGGCUUAUGUUUGUUGGAGACUCACUGAAUAGGAACCAAUGGGAAUCAAUGGUUUGUAUGGUAAAUUCUGCGGUUCCUUCACACAAAAAGACCUGGUACAAGACUGGUUCUCUUGCAAUCUUCAAAAUCGAGGAGCCAGAACACAUUACUACCGUGGAGUUCUACUGGGCACCGUUCCUUGUAGAAUCAAAUUCAGAUGAUCCACUUAUGCACAGCAUAUUGAACCGUAUAAUUAUGCCUGAAUCGAUCGAAAAGCAUGGGGUGAAUUGGAAGAAUGCGGACUACCUUAUCUUUAACACCUACAUAUGGUGGAUGAACACUUUCUCUAUGAAAGUCUUACGAGGGUCAUUUGAUGAAGGGUCCACGGAAUACGAUGAAAUCCCUCGGCCAAUAGCAUAUGAAAGAGUCCUUCAUACAUGGUCAAAAUGGGUGGAUGACAACAUUGACCCAAAUCGAACCAAAGUUUUCUUCACCGGCACGUCCCCUCUUCAUAUCAAGAGUGAGGAUUGGAACAAUCCGGAUGGUAUAAAAUGUGCUAAGGAAACCACUCCGAUUACCAACAUGUCCACCCCGUUGGAUGUAGGCACAGAUCGUCGACUUUUUGUGAUUGCCAACAAUGUGACACAGUCAAUGAAGGUGCCAGUGUUCUUCGUUAACAUCACUACCUUGUCAGAGUUUAGAAAAGAUGCACAUACCUCUGUUUAUACCAUACGUCAAGGCAAGAUGCUAACUCCGGAACAGCAAGCUGACCCAGCUACUUAUGCAGAUUGUAUCCAUUGGUGUUUACCGGGAUUACCCGACAUUUGGAACGAGUUCCUUUAUACGCGUAUCAUCUCUCAAUCCUGACAUACAACCUAUAGAUAUAUCUUCACAAAAUACUUUUGUUUCUCAACCUUUUCUUUUUUUCUUUUUCUUUUUUACUUAAUUGUUAUUAUUUCUUCUUUUACUUAAGAAAAGAGCUCUUCUUUCUCCCUGU